AAACUCACCCUCACUCUUUCCUGUUCCUCCCAAAUCUCUCUCUCUCUCUCUCUCUCUCUCUCUCUCUCUCUCUCUCAUGGCUCUGCGAAUCGCCAUGCCGGCGGUGGCUGUGUUUCUAGCUUUGAUGGCCGUGUCCAAGGCCCAGUCUCCAGCUUCAUCACCAACCGCCACCCCCACCCCUACCACACCAUCCCCCACGACCACCCCACCACCACCAACGACGACGCCCACCCCCAUGUCGCCGCCGCCAUCUGCCACCCCCCCGUCGCCGCCGCCAUCUGCCACCCCCAUGUCGCCGCCGCCAUCUCCCACCCCCAUGUCGCCGCCAUCUCCCAGCCCCAUGUCGCCGCCAUCUCCCACCCCCAUGUCGCCGCCAUCUCCCACCCCCAUGUCGCCGCCAUCUCCCACCCCCAUGUCGCCGGGACACAUGCACAUGCCGCCGCCGGCGAGCCCUCCGUCCACCUCCCCGCCGAAUUCAGGCUCCUGGAUGCAAGGAAGCAGCAUCGCCAUGCUGCUAGCGUUGCUUGGAGGGGCUACAGUGAUGCUUGUUUAGUUUGAUCAACUACUAGUCAUUGAUUUCAUCCUUAAUUAUUCUCUUCCAUAAUUUGAUGUAGAUUUGGAUAUCUAUUUUCUGUAUUCAUUUUUUUUCUUUUGGUUUCAUGUUUAAUAUUAGUUCUUUUUUUUUUUUUUUUUGGCUUGGGAGCUGCAUUUUGGAUUUGUGAGGAGGGUUGAGGAUUUUAUUAAUCAUCAGACGCCACAGCUCUUUUUUAGCAUUUUUUACUGCAGCUGAUGAAUAAGAAUGACUCUGAUUCUUGCUGCC